CCUUCCCCACCCACUCACUCACACCUCACCCAAAUCCAGCCUGCGAUCGAUCGAGAGCUCGCGCGCACCCCUCGUCCCAGCCAUGGCAAACCGCUUCGCCGGCCUCGACCCCACCUGGGCCCACCUCCCGACGCCGGCGCCUACCCACGCCGCCGCCGCCAGCCACUACUGCUCCUUCCCCGCCGCCGCCUUCGAGAACAAGGCGCUCACCUCCGCGCUCCGCGCCUCCAUGGCGCCCGCCCACGCUUACACCUCCACCGCCGCAGCCGAGGCCUCGCCCUUCUCCUCCCCGGCCACCCCGUCCUCCUCGACGACGUCCUCCGCCUCCGAGCUCCUCUCCAGCGGCCACGACGCGCCGGCGCCGUCGUCCGGGCCCGCCGCCCGCCCGCCGCCGGCUCGGGCCCUGAAGGGACCGAAGGCCGGCCGCGUCAGCAAGCGCAAGCCGCGGCCGUCGCGGCGCCCGCCGACCACCUACAUCACCGCCGACCCGGCCAACUUCCGCCGCAUGGUGCAGGAGAUCACCGGCCUCCCCGCCCCCGUCCCCGGUCCCUCCUCCGCCGCCGCUCCCGCUGCCCCGGAGCGCGCCGUCGCCGCCUUCAGCUGGACGCCGGCGCCCUCGUUCGUGCUCCCGACGCUUGACACGUCCGCGUUCCUCCUCCUCGACCGCGCCGCGCCGGCGCCGGAGGUCAAGAGCUCGAGCCGCGGGUACGCGCCGGCCGCCACGUGCACGGCCCCCGCCGCAGCCGCCGCUGCAGCAGGGAAGGACGACUCAUCGGCGCUGCUGGAGAUGGAGGCGAUGAUCGACUUCCCGACCCUGGAGAGCUGGGGAAUCAUCUGACGGCGCGGCGAGCUGGCGCGCGGGGGGAGUGAGGAGAUGGAAGGAAAGCUGGCUUCUUUUUGCGGCAGUUGGUUUUGGUUGUCGAUCAUUUCGCUCUGCUCUGUCCAGCUUGGUAGCAACCUGUUAGGGUAGUUUUUGGUCCGUCCGAUGCGAGGAUCGGACGGCUGUCAGCCCGUGUGCCUCGAUGAUGCUUUGCUCCCAGCAGUAGCAACCAUGGAGUUUUUGCAUGCCCCUGUAAAUUAAAGCAAGUAGUGUUAGGCUAGUAUGCGGCUGUGGUUUAGCGUCUGCAUGACAUGGUUGCCAUGUUUUCUUCUCGUUGCGUGUUCAAUAGAUUGUGCUAAUCGUUCUCGUAUCGAA